ACUAGUGCAUGCAACGACCCGCUCCCAGUCCCCACGAGAUUAGAACAGCUAGCUAUACAUGAUGAGUAGCACUGUAGGAUCAUUCCUGAGGAGAGAGUGCCCCGGGCUAGAAGAUGAAAUAUUCCAGUAUAUAUGUGGAGUACUAGACAGUCCGGAUGAUUUCCAGAGUGUUGAUGAUGUUCACGAAGCCGUGGGUGAGGUAUUAUCUGAGUCGACCAAUGGGGACGGAGCACACACACUCUGCUCUCGGCUUUACUCCAUUCUGAUUGGUCAACACAAGCCGAGUGACAAACGGGUGACGAUGACAUCGACAGUUGAUAGAGGAAAGAAAUUAUUGGAAGCUCCUGUAAACUUGUCCACAAAGUUGAAGGAUCAAGGUGAUGAGGUCUCUGCAAUGAACUCCAUUUGGAUGAUGCCAGAUAAUGGCAGAGCUGCAGUGAAUCAGAAGAAACUGGAGAAAGUCGACGCUAAACUGAAAGUGAAAUUGGAAAAGAAGGCACAGAAAGAUCAACUCUCGUCAGCAGCUGCUGCUGAAAAAGGGUUAGUGUUGAGUGGACCUACUACCAACCAAGUGGUGAGCAAGGCGGUGGAGGGAGGCACUGGGGGCACUGUCACUGACAUCAAGAUUGAAAACUUUGAUAUUGCAUUUGGAAACCAUGUCCUGUUGUCCAAUGCCAACCUGACUCUGGCUAGAGGAAGGAGGUACGGAUUAGUAGGACGAAAUGGUGUUGGCAAGUCCACCCUCCUCCGCUCUAUGGCGUGUCGUGAGCUGCGUCUACCAGCUGGUGUGAGUGUACUACACGUGGAGCAAGAGGUCACCGGGGACAACACACUAGCACUGGAUAGUGUACUCGAGUGUGACACUGAGAGAGUGCAGCUGCUCGCUAGAGAGGGGGAGCUACUGGCCUCAGGGGACAAGGACACAGCAGCAGGCAGCGCUUCUGAUGAGCUGGCUGAGGUAUACCUUCGACUACAGGAGAUAGACGCUGACAAAGCACCAGCAAGAGCUGGCUGUAUUCUGGCUGGUCUGGGGUUCACUCCGGAGAUGCAAGGAAUGCAGACAAGAGAGUUUUCCGGAGGAUGGAGAAUGAGAUUAGCACUGGCUAGGACACUGUUUGCAAGACCUGACGUUCUUCUGCUCGAUGAGCCUACUAACAUGUUGGACAUCAAGGCCAUCAUGUGGCUGCAAGACUUCCUCCAGACGUGGCCGUCCACCCUCCUGACAGUGUCCCAUGACCGAGUGUUUCUGACUGACGUGUGCACUGACAUCAUCCACCUCCACUCCAGGGCUCUCACCUACUACAAAGGAAACUAUGAGGUGUUCAUGUCUACAAAGACAGAGCGACUAAAGAACCAGCAACGAGAAUAUGAAUCACAAAUGCAGUAUCGGCAACAUCUACAGGAGUUCAUUGACCGCUGGAGAUACAACGCCAAGAGAUCCAGUCAAGCUCAGAUGAGAAUAAAGAUACUAGAGAAGCUACCAAUCCUCACUCCAGUGGUUGGAGAUGGAGAGGUGGUCUUACGCUUCCCUGACGUUGACAAACUGUCCCCUCCCAUACUACAACUCACUGAGGUUGUGUUCGGCUACUCCAGUGACCGUGUGUUGUUCAAGCAGCUCAAUAUCAACGCAGACAUGGAGUCACGUAUAGCAAUGGUUGGUGAGAACGGAGCUGGUAAGUCAACUCUUGUCAAGCUACUCACUGGUGAACUAAGUCCACAAGAUGGCUACAGAAGUGCGCACAGAAACCUGAAGAUAGCUUACUUUAGUCAGCAUCACGUUGACCAGCUUGUGAUGGAGUCCACACCACUGCAUUUCAUACAGGCAAAGUUCCCAGGCAUGAAGGAUGAAGAGUAUCGAUCGUACCUUGGCUCAUUCGGAGUGACGGGAGAGCUAGCAUUGAGACCCAUAGCCUCACUAUCUGGAGGACAGAAGAGCAGACUAGCCUUCGCCCUCAUGGCCAUGCCGAGACCCAAUUUCUUGAUAAUGGACGAGCCUACUAACCACCUCGAUAUGGAGACAGUGGACGCACUCGCUAAAGCCUUGGAGAGAUUCAAGGGUGGUGUGGUGUUAGUGUCUCAUGACCAGCAUCUCAUUGAGGCGUGUGCUACUGAGGUGUGGUUGUGUAAGGAAGGGACCGUCAAGAGACUCAAUGGUGGUCUCAAAGAAUACAGAGAUGAGAUUCAGGCUGAAAUGUCUUGAGCCUUUCAAGAAUCAGUGACUUAUUAACUACAAUUAUUUAUGCAUCAUGCUGUGUCAUAAUCAUUUUUUGAUGGAAUUAAUAUUGGAGCAUUUACAUGCACUGUUA